GAAAAACGAGUUUUAAUGACUACGACCUAAGUGUAUGUAAACUUCUGACUUCAACUGUAGCAAAAUUCCAAAUGCCAACAAAGUAAAACAUCUCAUUGCAUAGCAGUAUCAAAGCAGGUCCCCCUCUCCCACCACACAGGGAACCCCACAUUCUUCUAAAUUCCCACCAACUUGAAAUAUCCCACAGACAUCAAUUCAACGUCUAUUUCAUGUUGGUUCAAUGUAAUUUAAUUGAAAUCACAUGGAACAAAUGUUGAUUCCCCCAUUGUGUGCCCGGUGGGAUGGUGACAGAGAAAUUAUGAGAGCAAGCAGGUCAGUAAGGAAGACAACAGACUACAAUGACGGAUGGAUAUUUAACAGUAUGACGUAUAUAUGACACGUUAUGUUAUUGCAUAUGCUUAAUGCAAUAGGAUGUGUCAACAUAAAGGACCAGGUUGGAACAGAAGGAUAUUAUCGCAUUUGAACAUGCUCAAAUGGGGCGAGCGCGGACUUCCUUCCUUAGUUGUGGCGAUAUCAUAUCCCCAGUGCUUCCCCUCUCUUGCGUUCAAGAACAUGAUGCAAUAAUGGCAGAAGGAGUACAAGAGUGAGGAGAGAAGGACGACUGAGACGUGGAGGCAAAUGGACGGACGGGCAGUCAGAUAGACGGACAGAUAAAACAUUUACAAAAUAGCCAACGAUUGCACUUCCUGUGGAUUUGCUCUGAGAAGAUCAAUGGUAAAACGAAGAUAACUCCGCAGGUGAACCAGCUCAUAAAGGAGGAUCAGAUGGUGACAGGGGUCUCAGCAGCCAGGAAGCUAGGGGAGACCAGUCUGUGACAGAGUAGUGAGGACUGCUAAUCCCGAAGAUCUACAAACCACAGAUUCUUCAACUCCCUCCCAAAAUGGCGUCAGACCUCUCCAUCUCCGCUGGCCCCCCAAGCUCCCCUCCACCUCUCCUCUCGCCUCCUCUCCUUUCUCACCUAUCAAACCAGAUCGGCAUCUCCAUCCUGGUCCUAGCAUUCGUCCUCGGUUUCCCCGGUAACCUGUUUGUUGUGUGGUCGGUGCUGUGCCGUGUGAGGCAUCGUUCAGUUACCUGCCUGCUCGUCUUAAACCUCGCCGUGGCCGACGCGUUGGUGUUGCUAAGCUCCCCGCUUUUCCUGCGCUUCCUGGCAGGCGGGCGAGGCUGGGAGUUCGGGGCGGUGGCCUGUAAAUUGGUGCACUACCUGUGCUGUGUCAACAUGAACGUGUCCAUCUACCUGAUCAGCCUGAUGAGCUUGGAUCGCUGGCUGGCCGUCGCAAGGCCCUUCCUGGCCCAGAGGAUGAGGACAAAGAAAACCCUGAUGGCCGUUCUACUAGGGAUCUGGGUGCUGGCUUUCGUCUUUGCACUGCCCAUGGCCUUCUAUCGCAGUAACCUGAAGCUGCACUUGAACAGCUCUGUGACCGUCUGCAUGUCGUACCACUGGAAAAGUGUGGGUCACCAGGUGUUCCAGUACCUGUUUGAGACCGUCCUGGGCUUCUUCCUCCCCUUCACUUUCAUCAUCGUCUGCUACACCUCUGUCAUCUGUGGACUACGCAGGGCCAUGUUCCAGCACAAGGGACGGGGAAACCGUCUCAUCCUCCUCAUCAUCGGCACCUUCGCUCUCUUCUGGCUGCCCUACCACGUGGUCAACAUCUUACAGGUGAUUGGUCUACUUGGUGGUAACGACACUCUGUUUAAAGCAGCCGCGGUGGCCCGUCCCAACGUCACAGCACUCGCUUUCCUGAGCAGCAGCGUGAACCCUGUACUGUACGUAUUCGCUGGCAGCUCCCACAUCCGCCAGGCCGGUCUCAGCUUCAUGGCCAAGCUCUUCGAGGGCACCAACAUUGAGGGAGGGACCUCUGCCUCCUUUACCCGCAGCACAAAGUCCAGCCGGAGUAGUUCUUCAGCCCCACUCAAGCUGGGGCGGUCGGGGAAGGGGGGGGAUGGGAAUAGUGUGACGGAGCUGCAGGAAGUCAGGGUUAAGUCCAAGCCGGAGCUCAAGACUUUGACAUCCAAUGAUCCGUUGGAGUAGUGUUACUUUUUGUGGCCUACUGUACUAGUCAUAGGUUAACCGUAUUUAAUGUAUUUCACAGAUCUUUGAUACAAUUUGUGCUUUAUAGCUCGCGUUUGUGGUUGCCUCCAUGCAAUUUCUGGAUAAAAAUAUUAUAAAAUACACUUAAUGUUUUAACCUGUUGACAAAUCGAGUCAGUAUAGCGAUUUCUUCAAGGAAGGAGGGAAGGAAUUGUUCGAGACACUUACACGCAAGGUAGAGGGGAGAGUGUGGUAAGUUGAGACACCCUUGUUUCUCGGAAACCAUACACAAAAUUAAUAAUUUGACCCAAUAUUUUAUGGUGUACGUGAAGGAUGAAACCACAUGGGAAAAGCAAGUUAGGUCCAAAAAAUGGAUUUUCACCAAGUCAAAUGAAUUUAUUGUGUUAGAGUUUAUAUGAUGCUUGUAUCUAAACCAAAGUAGAUCAUUUUCAGAUUGUUCUAUACAUCAGUUUUGGUCUCGAUAAGCUUCAACAUGAGGUCCUAAACCUAGCAUGAAAGUGCAUCCUUGUAGCUGUGUGGGCUAAUAUAGUCAAUGUUUGUUUUGGGGUAAGUUGAGCCAAUGGCUAGUUGAGCAAAUUGAAGUGUUUUCUUCUCAUGCGUAAUGCAAGGCAUUAUCACUGGGAUAUGAGGUAACAACAGGGCCUUGCCUAUGUUAAACGUGUUUUAAAAAAGUACAGAAGUGUUUGUUAGGCAUUUAGCCUGUGUUAAAAUAUGCUUAAAUUAUUUAAAGAGAAAAAAGUGAUUGUAAUUCUGUUGAUACGUGUUUGGGAAAUAAAGAUGUAAAUAAAGACAUGGUUUUAAAAAUUAAAGACAUGGUUUUAAAAAGGUAGUGGUAAUAUUUUAUUCAGUACAGAAUUUUUUAGGCAGCUUUACUUACCACUUUCCUGCGGCUCAACUUACACCAUACAUACCCAGUUUAUUUUUUAUCUUUUAUACAAGCUAUGUUUUCCAAAACUGUAAUAUUUACAUGGAUUAUGAUUAUUUCCAAGGAUAUACAACAUCCUGAAGAAUAUAGUGAUAACUUUGCUAGAAAGAAUACUAUAUUUACCUUGACGGGGUGAAACUGAAUGUAAACAAUGGCUCAACUUAUCCCAAUGACUUGAGCUGUGUUUGGAAACUCGAAUUUGCACGAUGAUCUCAUUAUUCUAAUCAUAGUUAAUUAUUACAAAAUAUCUGAGCAGGCGAAGCCGUGUGGAACAGUUGCCAGCUAUUGAUGCACCAUUAUUCAAAUGCUUUCACCACACAGAUUCUAAAACAUCACAUACAGUGACUAACCUCAACAAACAUAGCAUACUGUAACAAGCAAUAACAGAAUGCAUUAGAUAACUUUGUACUUUAGGUGUCAAUAGUAAGGGAGAGUGGGGUAAGUUGAGCAAGUCUUUACAUUCAGCAUCACUACAUCAAGGGAAAUACUAUAUUAUUCCUAACAAAGAUAUCUACAUAUAUUUCAGGAUGUUUUGUAUCCUUGGAAAUAAUCAGAAUUCAUGUAAACAUAACAUUUUUUAAAACAUAGCCUUUCCAAUUGGCACAAUUUACACUGGGUACGGGGUAAGUUGAGCAUAGGGACAGGGUAAGUUGAGAUGCCUUGGGGAUAGUGGGUGAUGGUGCUGGUAGGUCAAAGUUUAGAGAAGUAGUCAAAUCAAAUCUUAUUGGUCACAUACACAUGGUUAGCAGAUGUUAAUGCGAGUGUAGCGAAAUAGUUGUGCUUCUAGUUCCAACAGUGCAGUAAUAUCUAACAAGUAAUCUAACAAUUCCCAACAACUACCUAAUACACACACAUCUAACAAGUAAUCUAACAAAUCCCCAACAACUACCUAAUACACACAAAUCUAAAGGGGUGAAUGAGAAUAUGUAUAUAUAAGUAUAUGGAUGACCGAGCGGCAUAGGCAAGGGGCAGUAGGUGGUAUAAAAUACAGUAUAUACAUGUGAUAUGAGUAAUGUAAGAUAUGUAAACAUUAUUAAAGUACCACUAUUUAAAGUGGCAUUGUUUAAA